GUUAGCUCUAACAGUGGCUGAGCGACUCUGUUCACUAAAAGCUUUACAUUCUCCAAUAACAUAUAAGUACAGCUUAUGUUUUACCGGGGCCAGAGUGUGUGUGUAUUAAAGCAAUGUCGGAAAGAAAGCGGAAAAGAGAGAAGGAUGAGACGCGACACCACAAGAAACACAAAUCACCCAAACAUGAUGUGGAAAAACUCAAGACACACAAGAAGAAACUCACCCAAGAGGCUCAGCAACUGAAGCAUAUCGAGACCUUCUAUGAGAAACCUCCACCAGGACUUGUUAAGGAGCAUGAAGAGAAACCGGAAGACUGUAUCCCUGAUGAAUCAGGGAAUGAAGAAGCCAGGAGGUUCCUGGCCCAGGCCCCCACCAGGGGGCUGUGGAUGCCUCUGGGGAAGGAGGUGAAGGUGAUGCAGUGCUGGAGAUGCAAGCGUUAUGGUCACAGGACAGGAGACAAGGAGUGCCCUUUCUUCAUCAAAGGCAACCAGAAGCUUGAGCAGUUCCGAGUGGCUCAUGAGGACCCAAUGUAUGAUAUAAUUAGAGAAAACAAAAGGAAUGAAAAGGAAACCAGGAUCCAGCAGUUGCAGCAGCUGCUUCAAGACAGCACCACCUCCUCUUCCUCCUCCGACUCAGACAGCUCUUCCACUUCGUCGUCUUCCUCAUCAGACCAACAUCGCAGCAAAAGGAAGAAAGGGAAGAAGGAAAAGAAGAAGAAGAAGAAAAGCAAGAAGAGAAAAAAGAAGCGAAAGUCCUCCAAAUCGAGCGACUCCUCGGAUUCAGACUGAAACCUCGGAGCGGUCUGAUUGAUCAGCUUGACUACUACAUGCUUCAGCCGUAGAAGAGAAUUAAAGAACAAGCAACUAUUCAUCCUAGACUCUAGUGAAGUGUGCACUGCACAGUGCAUCAGUAACAACUCCUUAGGCCUCGUGUAAAGGUUUGAAACUAUAAAAAUUCUCAAUCCACGCCGUGCAUGACUUCUCCAAGUCGUUUCAUUUGCCCCAGGACGACAGCCUGAAUUUACAUCCCCUUUGUGAGAUCUCGUAGCACAGGGACAGAUGCUGUUUCUACUUAAGUCAGUACGUGUGUGUGUGUCUCAGUACAUAUUUGGGCAGGAACAAAAAAAGAAAAGGCAAAAAGCAUGGACAAUGAACAUUCAGUAAAAGCUGUGGAUAUAAAAUGAGGCCAGUGGUAUGAGUUUCAUGGGUUCAAACAAGACUGCGUAUCAUUAAGAGAUUGUAUUUUCCACCCUCUCUGAUGGCCUUCCUGCCGCGUUGGUAUUCAAAAGUGAUUGUAGUGCGUUUCAUAUACAGAAGCUGUAAAAAAAAAAAAAAAAAAAAAGUUUCUUCUUUUUUUUUUUUUUUGCAUAAGCCAACAUGUUUGAAUGCUUGUGACAGCGCAGAAAUGUUUGGACAUAUUUGAGGUCAGGAUAUGAUUAUUUGUUCUGAAAAGCCACAAAAUGAGGAAAGAAUGUAUCUGAGUAUAUUCCUGUAUUCUGAGAAUAAAGAUGUUUCUCUCUC